AUGCGCGACAUGUUCACAGAUAUUAGAAAGUCUGGGAAGCAACCAUUGUGGAUUGGAGAGGAUAAAUGGGCUGAGUUGAACACUUCUUGGGGCAGCGAAGAGUAUACUAGGAAGAGGGAUCAAAAUCAACAUAACAGAGCUUCUAAUGUUGGGAGCUUAGGUAGUUCACUUCAUACUAGCGGCUCCAUUCCACAUACUGAGCACAGGAGUCAUUUGAAAGAGAUGCUUGGUAGAGAACCAACUCCUGUGGAAUUGCAUAGUCGCACUCAUAAGAGACAGGAGGAUCAACAAUGGAUUGAUGAGAGAGCAAGAGAAGCCCAUGAGGAAUAUAUACGGCUUCGAGAGACUCAUGUCGCAUCAGGUGAGGGCUCUUCUGGCGGCUCUGUGGAGUAUUCUGAGUAUCGCAUCUGGUCGCAGGCCGUCAGAGGAAUGUAG